CGCUCUUGGGAGAGGAUGGAGGAGGAGCAGAGGCUGCGGGGGAGGCUGAGCCGCCGCAGGCCGCCCGCAGGGGGCGGGGUCUCCAACUGCCGCCCCUGGUUUCUCUUGGAAGGCAGGAAGAGCGAGCCAUGGGCUGCUCUACUGCGUAGCACUGUGAGCGGGAACGUGGAUCUGACCCCGAACAGUCAGCCAUUGCCACCACUGCCUGCUUUCCUCAGCCAGGAGUCACUGCCUGACCCAGAGCCCACUGUGGCCCCUGAGGUCUUCACUGUGGGAUCCGAGACCUUUUCCUGGACGCCUUUUCCACCUGCCCUUGUCUCUGAAAACUCCAACCGGUUGUUCCAAGGGACUGGAGGCUCCCUGGGGUCACCUACUCCAUCCUUGAGAGGAUGUCCUGCACCAGAUGCCAAUCAGACUCCCAGCACCCAAGAGUGUGUGUCUGUACAGAGUCCGCCUGUGUUGCUAAGCUGCCCUUUGUGCCAGAAGGCAUUUGAUCCCACGCUGUCCCAGCUGGACGUGGAUAGCCACCUUGCUCAGUGCUUGGCCGAAAGCACGGAAGACGUCAUGUGGUGAGCUGGAGGUGGCAUACAUGGUAGACGUGACCGCUGAGACAUGACUUCCUGUGGACACCUGAGCAGAGGCUCCUUCCUGUUUUGUUCACGGGCACUGGGCAUAACGCUGACCACUGUGGUGCAGGCAGGAGUGGCUUCUCUUUGAUGGUUUGUCAACUGGGUAUGGGAUCACCUAGGAGACAGACCUCAGGGUGUGUCUGUGAAACUGUUUCCAGAGAUUAACUGAGAAAGGAAGACCCACCUUGAAUGUGGGUGGUACCAUCCUGUGGCCUGGGGGUCUCGCUGAUUGAAAAGGGAAAAAGGAGAAAUUAAGCAGCUUCCUGAUUGAUUGGGGAUGUGAUGUACUCCUCUGCCUUCAGCCGUGAGCCAGAAUAAAUCUGAAGUUGCUUUUGUCAAGAAUUUUGUCACAGCAAGAAGAACCCCACCUAGGCAGGAGAGCCAGGAUCUGUCACAAGGCAGAAUUGGGUGUCUCUACCCAAGUGAGCAUUUGUACACAGGCAGUACCUCCUCGUGACUGCAAGAGUGAUAUGCUGACUUACAUUUCACAGACAUUAAAAAAAAAAAAAAAGGUAA